ACAAAGAUUAUUUCAAGAAAUAUUUUCAGUAUAUCUUUAAAAAAUUUUAAAUAAAAAUUCAUUUAAUUAAAAAUAAUCAAUCAUUCAGUUUUUAUGGAUAUAUAAGAAUUAAAUAACGAUCAGAUAUACGAAUUAGUAAAGGAACUACUGCCCUAAUUAGAGUAAGAUAUUCGUAAAGAUGUGGAGUAAUAAAUGAAAUAAGAAUAUGAAGAGCGCAUAUCGAGAGCAGCUGAUGAAAUCCAAUAGAAUGCUCUAAAAGAGCUCGACUCUAUAUUCAUGGAAGUGUAAAACGAAACUUAAAAGCAAUUUGAAGAAAAGCUCAAGGAAUUGGAAGACAAGGAAAAAGAAUUAGAGGAAUAAUUUAAAAAUGUUGAAACAGUCGUAAAAGAAGAGGUUGAAUAAAAAGUGAAAUAAGGAUUUGAAGAAGAAAAGAAAGCUUUAGUUUAAAAUAUUAUUGAUGAAAUUAACAAAUAAGGAUUCAAUGAAGAUAUAGAAAUUAAGAUAAGAGAUAAAUUGAGAUUAGAGUAUGAAGAAGAAAUUAAAAAGGAGAUGUAAAAAAAGGAAAAAUAAAUGAAAGUUAAUUUACAAAAAAAGUUAGACAAUGAAAGGAAAUAGCUUGAAGAGUUUUAUAAACUAGAAAUAAAGGCUAAAAUAGAUAAAGAAAAGAAGCUACUUGAAAAGGAAAAGUCUGAGCUUGCUCGUUUGAAGUCACUGAAAAAUGUUAAACUUAAUAAAUUAGAAGAUGAAAAGAACAAAAUAAAAUCUUAGUUGCAGGAUUAAGAAAAGAACUACAAAGUUAUCAUUGAUAAUCUUCAAAAUUAAAUCAAAGAUGUUUCUGCUUAAAUAGAAAGAUAUAGAAAAGAUAUGAAUGUUAAAGGAAUAUUAAAAAACACUUAAUCUCAAUUCAACUAAAAUCAAAGCUUGUAGCAAGAAUAGUAAGCUUUAGGGCGUAGCAAUAUAAAUAAUUUAUCAUAUUAAGAAGGAAAAUCUCCUAAAAAUUAAUACUAUUAGUAGUAGCAAUAUUAAUAAAAUUCUUAAAUAGAUAAGGAAAAUAAUUUUGUCUAACCUAGAAAGUACAGUAAUAACAGUGGUAUUAACUAGUAAGGUGUCUUGCAAGAUGAUAUUGAAUUCUAAAAAAAAUAUCUAAGUAAUUCAAAUAAAUCACCUUUCUUACUUACAUAAACAUAAAAUAAUUUACUUGAAUAUUAAACUGGUCAGCUUAUCUAAGAAUAAAAUCAAUCAGCUGCUUUUUAAAAUCAAAUUGAAAACAGAAAUCUUAACGAUGAUGUUCUAAACAAUUUUGACCCACUUUCCCCUCCUCCUUCAACCUAUAAAAAAAAAUUCUCUGCCCUUUCAAAUAGUGGCUCUAAGUCUUAACCAGGAUAGCUCCAUUUGCUUGGAUAACAGAAAUCUUCUUUAGAAAUAUAUAAUGAAUAUCAAAAAAAGCAGUAAUAAAAUAAUGCAAACAUGAAAAAUAGCAAUAUUUAAGAUAAUUCUAUGAAUGAACAAGAAUUAGAUGGAAACACUAAAGAUUAGUAAUCAAGAGACAGAGUUAAUAGCUGCAGUAAUACUCAACAACAAUAAUAAACUAACUAAAUAAAUUCUGAAAAUAAAGGAUUGAAUAUAGGUGAUUCUUUCUGUAAAAAACCUGAAGGAGAUUCUUUAAAAGACAGAAUGAUGAAAUAAAAGAAACAUAACUUAGAGCUAAAAAUUUAACAAAAUGAAUAAUACUAUGAUAAAUAUAUAGCCCUAGAAAGUUAUCUUUAACAGUAAUUUAUUGAAAAGAUAAGAGCUACAUAUAAUUAAAAAGAAAAUAUCACAGAGUUAAUUUAAAACUUGAUUGAUGCAUGGAAUUAUAGAAAUAUUAGUUAUGCUGAAAGAAUAGAAUUUAUAGGAAGACUUGAGUACUUCUAACAAGACUUUGAUGGAGUUUAUACCACUCUAAACACUCAUUAUGAAAAUCUUCGUAACGAUAUUUUAAUCAGCCAAAAAAUUAUUGAAAAAAUGAAUUACAGAGAAAGUCUUUUAAUUCAGCAAUACUAACAAUAACAAAUUUCUUAGGGCUAGAGUGUAGAUCCAGAUUAAUUUGAUUAAAUAGCCAGAUUAUCUGCUAGAAAAGUUAAUCAAGAUAUAAAAUCUAUUGAUCUAGAAAUCAUUUCAAUUAUUGAUGAAUUUUAAACAAUUUAUAAAAAGGCAUUUACUUGGUAAGGCUUUAUACUUAAAGAUCUUAUAGAAGUUGAGUUAUGGGAAGAAAGUUAAAGCGCCUAAAGUAUGUCAGAUAUUAAAUCUUUAAUCAUGUAAAAACUUCAAAAUAAAUUAAACUGA